AGGAGGAGGAGGAGGUGGAGGAGGGAUGUGACAGCAUCAGGACUGAGGAGGACAACAGGCCAACCGUCACUCCGACUGAACGUCUUCAGCUCCAGCGGUGUGGCCUGAUGUUUCGGACGUGCCUGUAGUCAACGCCGAGGGUGAAGCCGCCGUCAUGCCGUGUUCGUGGGCAGAGUGGAGGAGGUGGAUCCGUCCGCUGGUUCUGGUUCUUUAUGCCCUCCUGCUGGUGGCCGUGCUGCCGCUCUGCAUCUGGGAGCUGCAGAAGGACAAGGUUGGGACUCACAGCAAAGCUUGGUUCAUAGCUGGCGUCUUUGUCUUUCUGACCAUCCCUAUUUCGCUGUGGGGGAUCCUGCAGCAUAUCGUCCACUACACCCAGCCUGAGCUACAGAGGCCGAUUAUCAGAAUACUAUGGAUGGUGCCGAUCUACAGUCUGGACAGCUGGCUGGCUCUGCGCUACCCCAGUCUGGCCAUCUACGUGGACACGUGCAGGGAGUGCUACGAGGCCUACGUCAUCUACAACUUCCUGGUGUUCCUGUUGAACUUCCUCAGUAACCAGUACCCCAGCCUGGUGCUCAUGCUGGAGGUGCAGCAGCAGCAACCACACCUGCCGCCGCUCUGCUGCUGCCCGCCGUGGCCCAUGGGAGAGGUGCUGCUCUUCAGGUGUAAGCUCGGAGUCCUCCAGUACACUGUGGUCAGACCCGUAACCACGGUGAUAGCACUGAUCUGUCAGCUCUGUGGCGUUUAUGACGAAGCCAACUUCAGCUUCAGAAACGCCUGGUCCUACCUGGUCAUCAUCAACAACAUAUCACAGCUGUUUGCCAUGUACUGCCUGCUGUUGCUGUACCGAGCUCUCAAAGAGGAGCUGACUCCCAUCAGGCCUGUGGGCAAGUUCCUCUGCGUCAAACUGGUGGUUUUUGUCUCCUUCUGGCAAGCCGUUUUAAUUGCCUUCCUGGUGAAGGUCGGCGUGAUCUCUGACACACACACCUGGGACUGGGACAGCGUGGAGGCCGUGGCUACCGGACUGCAGGACUUCAUCAUCUGCAUAGAGAUGUUCCUGGCUGCCAUCGCCCACCACUACACCUUCACCUACAAACCAUAUGUACAGGAAGCGGAGGAGGGAUCGUGUUUCGACAGCUUUCUCGCCAUGUGGGAUUUCUCAGACAUCAGAGCUGAUGUCUCAGAGCAGGUCCGCCAUGUUGGUCGUACGUUCCUGGGUCGUCCUAACAAGAUGUACUUUGGUGCGGCAGCUCGACCCGAGCACACCGAGCACACCGGCCUCCUCACGGCCUCCCAGGACCCCGUCGCCGUGGCAGCCACAUCGAUGCCCUCCUCACCUUCCUCCAGCGGGCGGUACCAAGGCCUCGGCCACACCCCCGCCCCACACUCUGUCUCCGCCCCUGCAGGGUUCACUUCCUCUUCCUGGGAGGACGACAGUGACAGCUCGCCCGCUGAGGCGGUUGACGCCGCUGGAAGCACGUAGCCGGUGGUGGGAGCUUUUUCUUUCUGUUCGCGUCGUUUGCCUUCUUGUCUUGAUGUGCUUCGUGGCUGCGGACAGAGAAACUCUGCAUCAAAGUCGGAAUAAAAAUACAAACAUGAAGCUUAUUCACGGGUGGAUCUCAUCAAGACGCAAGGAAAGCAGAGAAGACAAAGAGUCGAAGCCAUGUUUGUUGAGAAAAGCAUUUUUAAAAUAAUUACCCAGUUUUAAAUGUCUGAAAUCUGUAUUUUGAAGUCUGCUGAUGUCAUUUUGAUAAAUGUAUCUGUCGAAAGGAUGUUUGAUGUUUUCAUCUGAGGAGGAAGCAGCUGGUAGGUUCUACACUCACGCAGUGCUGAAGUGUCCCUGAGCUUGGUUUGACUUUUUGUCCAAAUUCAUAAUAAAUCAACAUACUGUAGGCAAUCACCAGAACUGUGCUGUUUGGUUCCACUCCUCCAACAACUUUUAACAUCCAUCAUAAU